AUGCGGCAUGAAGAACCCGUCGAUCGCAUCGAGGCUUGGGGUGGCUCUGAGGACCGUCCAGAAGAUCGUAAACCAACUUGGGAUUCACUCGACUCACGACCGCUUCCUGAUUGGUAUGAUGAGGGAAAAUUCGGGAUUUUCAUGCAUUGGGGCGCUUAUUCGUCACCGGCUUUCAGAAGCGAAUGGCUUUGGUAUUAUUGGAAAGGAAAGAAUGAGCCGGAUGUGCUUGAAUAUAUUCGAUCCAACUAUCCACCAAGGACAACUUAUGCGGAUUUUGUGAAAAUGUUUAAAGGUGAAUUCUUUGACGCUGAUAUGUUUCGGGAAAUUGUUGAGGCUUCGGGAGCAAAAUACUUUGUGUUUACCACAAAACACCAUGAAGGGUUCACAAUGUGGCCAUCGAGUGUUUCAUGGAAUUGGAAUUCGAUGAACAUCGGUCCAAAGAGAGAUAUUGUUGGUGAAUUGCAGAAAGCCUUUUCCAAAUCAGAUGUCCAUUUUGGGCUCUACUACUCGCUAUUUGAAUGGUAUCAUCCACUCUUUGAUCAAGAUUUGGCGAAGAACACAACAGAAUAUCGAGAUAAGAUAUCUUUUCCUCAACUUCUCGACAUUGUCAACAAAUAUCAACCGGAUAUUUUGUGGGGUGAUGGAGAUUGGGGAUUGGAUGAAAACUAUUGGAAGACAAAGGAGUUUAUCACCUGGUUGUAUAACGAGAGCCCAGUGAAAGAUCGAGUUGUAAUCAACGAUCGUUGGGGUGAUGGAACUAUAGGAAAACAUGGCGGUUACAUGACCUAUGCGGAUAAUUAUCAAGCGGGCGAGCUCCUCGAAAGGAAAUGGGAGAACUGUGACUCGGUUGAUCAAUGGUCGUGGGGAUAUCGAAGAACGAUGAAUGUUUCCGAGCUAUUGACUGCACAUGAUGUGAUCGCUGAAUUGGCGAGGACAAUCUCGUGUAAUGGGAAUUUCCUGCUCAAUGUUGGCCCAGAUAGCUCAGGAAUGAUUCCGACGAUUUUUGAAGCAAGGCUACGCGAAACGGGUGACUUCAUCAAAGCGAAUGCUGAGGCGGUUUAUGGAACAAAGGCAUGGGUUCACCAAAAUGACACGAAUAACAUCUGGUACACAAGUCGACUUCGAGAUGAUAAAAAUUUGCGAAAAAAUCGCUCAUCAAAUCCACAAGAUGAAGAAAAUACGAUCAUUUACGUGUGGAUACUAGACUUGAAUCAAACCGUGUACACGUUGGAGAAAGUCUCGAUUGGAGAACGGACAAAAGUGUCGAUUCUUUCGACAGAAACCCCAUUGGAUAUCUCGAUUGGAGAGACGGGACAAUUGGUGGUUUCGAUGUCGAAAAUCCCAUGGCAAUCCCUCGUUCGCACCGAUUGUCUUGUUCUAAAGAUCGAGUAUGCUAAAGGAGAAACGCCUCAAACACCUGAAACACCAAAGAAAUCAGCGAUUCUCGAAAAAUACAACCUUUUCUCUCUUUUACUUUUGAUUUCUUUAAGUAAAUGUUUU